GUGCACCACGUAGGCUAUGACUCCUCAAUAUAUUCUCCCGUAAGGAAUUUGGUUUGCACCCAUCAAAACGCACUCAAGCAGAAGUGAAAGAGCAGAAGGAAAUGUCAAAAUCACCGGAAGAAGAGCACCCACAAAAAGCUUUGGGUUGGGCUGCCAGAGAUAACUCUGGAACCCUCUCCCCUUUCCAUUUCUCCAGAAGGGAAAAUGGUGAUGAUGAUGUCACCAUAAAAAUUCUUUACUGUGGAGUUUGCCAUUCAGAUCUGCAUACUGUUAGAAAUGACUGGGGUUUCACUCGAUACCCUGUUGUUCCUGGGCAUGAGAUUGUUGGUGUUGCAACAAAAGUGGGGAAUAAUGUGACGAAAUUCAAAGCAGGUGGCAGGGUUGGAGUUGGGGUUAUGGUUGGCUCCUGCAAGACAUGUGAAUGCUGCCAGCAGGACCUGGAGAACUACUGCCCUCGUGUGAUAUUUACCUAUAACUCUCAUAAUCCGGAUGGGACAAUAAAUUAUGGUGGUUAUUCAGAUAUGAUCGUGGUUGACCAGCGCUAUGUGGUUCGCUUUCCUGAUAACUUGCCAAUGGAUGCGGGUGCACCGCUAUUAUGUGCUGGGAUCACAGUGUACAGCCCUAUGAAAUAUUAUGGAAUGACUGAGGCAGGCAAGCAUUUGGGCGUUGCAGGACUUGGUGGGCUAGGUCAUGUUGCUGUGAAGAUUGGUAAGGCCUUUGGGUUGAAAGUUACUGUCAUUAGUAGCUCCCCAUCGAAGGAGUCUGAAGCAAUCAAUAGACUUGGUGCUGACUCAUUCCUUGUUUCCAGUGAUCCUUCAAAAAUGAAGUCAGCUAUUGGUACCAUGGACUAUAUCAUUGACACAGUGUCUGCUGUUCAUCCCCUGCUUCCACUGCUUACUCUGCUGAAGGUGAAUGGAAAACUGGUCACUGUGGGGUUGCCCAAUAAACCACUUGAAUUGCCUAUUUUUCCAUUAGUUUUGGGACGGAAGCUUGUUGGAGGAAGCGAUGUUGGAGGGAUGAAAGAAACACAGGAGAUGCUAGACUUUUGUGCCAAGCACAAUAUUAGUGCCGACAUUGAGCUGAUCCGGAUAGACGAUAUCAACACAGCAAUGGAAAGGCUUGCCAAAUCUGAUGUCAGAUACCGUUUUGUGAUUGAUGUGGCAAAUUCCUUGUCACAGUAGGUUCAUUGCUAACCGGCAAGCCCAGAUAUUAUAAUAAGUUCAAUGGUUAUGCUCUAGUAUACUUUAUAGAAGUUAAUGGAGAGGAGAAAACAGAUGAAUUUUUGAUGACUUGGACUUAUGUUGGUUCCCUGCAUCUAUGCCCUUUCAAUUGUUUUAUGCUGCUGGGAAUCUAAUUCAUGUAAUGCUUUUGCAAUCAAUAUACAUAUGGUUUUGCAUUUUA